UUGACUAAUGACGUCAUUCUUCAGGUGGCAGACUAUAUUCCGCAAUUGGCACGAUGCGAUCCUAAAAAGUGGGGCGUUGCAAUAUGUACUAUCGACGGACAGAGAGCAGUUUGGGGAGACUAUAACACUCACUGGUCAUUGCAGUCGAUCAGCAAAGCGUUCACUUAUGGCAUUGCUUUGGAUAUACUCGGUGACAAAACGGUGCACAGUUUUGUCGGACAGGAGCCGUCUGGUCGUCUGUUCAAUGACAUUUCGCUGAAUUCAAACAAUCAACCACAUAACCCGAUGAUUAACGCUGGAUCAAUUGUUGUAUUAUCGCUGUUGAAACCGGAUCUGUAUCUGUCGGACCGCUUCGAAUUUAUCAUGGACAUGUUUCGAAAAAUUUCCGGUUCUGGUACUAUCGGCUUCAGCAACUCAACAUAUUUGUCAGAAAGGGCCACUGCAGAUCGCAAUUUUGCCCUGGCGUACUUUAUGCGCGAACACAAAUGCUUCCCAAAAAACGUGAAUCUCAAUGAACUCCUCGACUUCUAUUUUCAGGUCUGCUCAAUAGAAACGACGUGUGAAUCUGCGGCGGUCAUGGCCGCCACGUUGGCCAAUGGCGGCGUAUGCCCCGUCACCGGAGAAGUGACUCUUAAAAAUCAAUCCGUCCGCGACGUACUAUCGCUUAUGUACUCAUGUGGCAUGUACGAUUAUUCAGGACAGUUUGCAUUCAGGGUUGGCCUACCGGCGAAAUCAGCAGUCAGCGGCGGCAUGAUUUUGGUCAUACCGAACGUUAUGGGAAUCGCAAUGUAUUCGCCCCCGUUGGACCAUACUGGAAACACUGUUAGGGGCGUGAAUUUCUCAAAGGUAAUCUCACCCUUUUUCUUGCAAGGCGUGAAAAUGAACAUAAGGAACUAUGAUGACAGGACGCCAUUGCACGUCGCAGCAUCAGAAGGCAAAGCUGAGGUGGUCGAGUUCCUAAUAAAAUACUGUAAAGUUGAACUGGAACCUCGAGAUAGGUGGAAGCACACACCUUUGGAUAACGCAAGGCAGUUCGAUCACGAAGCUUGUGUUAAACUCCUAGAAAUUUCGUUGGAAGAAAAGACUGCAGCUCUUCAGAACAGUGUCGCGAAAUUACCAGGAUUGACUGGGUCAGACUGA